AUGAAGCCUACAACUUGCCUCCUUCUUAUCUUUAUCUCCCUUCUCCAGCAUGAUCCAGGAAAUACUCAGUGUACCAUAGAUUCCGCGGUGAAGGAAAAGAUCCAGAAAUAUCUCAGUGGUCUAGGGUGUAAUCCCUCUGGUCCAACAAAGAAGCUCUCCUGCAUCAGUAUCAAAAAUUCAGGCAGAGUAGCCACCUGUCCUUCUGGGAUGAUUGUCACUGGUUGUGCUUGUGGUUAUGGCUGUGGUUCGUGGAAUGUUGAGGGGCAAAACACAUGCCACUGCCAGUGCAGUGUGAUAGACUGGACUACUGCCCGCUGCUGCCACCUGGAAUAA